UGUACAAUUUUAGUAACUCUUCAGUUUGUUUUUUUUGUUAAUAUAACUUAUUCUCUCUCUCUCUCUCUCUCUCUCUCUGUGCAAUCUAUCGCCGAUUCAAUAAUCUCUGCCAAAAAGCUUUGUUCUUUUGUUUUCUGGAAUUAUCCAAAGGAGAGAAACAGAGAAAUCAAUCAAAUCCCUUCUUUAGUUUCAGACCCAAAAAUCCUAGGUUUAUUAUAAAAAAAAAACAUUCUUUGUCAGGUUUUGUGUGUCUGUCCUGUGUCUCUGGUGUGGGAUUUCUUGGAGCUUUGGUUUCUUAAAACCAGCUCCAUUAUCUGAAUCCCCCCUUCUUCUUCAAUCAGCCAUUGUAGUAAUUGUGUGAGAAAAGAGAAUGACUUGUUUCUCUUGUUUGAAUCCUCGAACUAAGGACAUCAGAGUCGACAUUGUUGAUACUGCUCGAUGCAACAACGACAACUCUCGCUACCCAACCGAUUCAUCAGAUUGUUCUGUUGUGGUUUCAGUUAAUGGAAGUGAUACAACAGGAACAGAGUCGAUUUCAGGUAUCUUAGUAAACGGUAAAGUGAAUGGUUCCAAACCUGGUGGUGGAGCUCAGAGUUUCACCUUCAAGGAGUUAGCUGCAGCUACUAGAAACUUCCGGGAAGUCAAUCUGCUCGGAGAAGGAGGUUUUGGGAGAGUUUAUAAAGGACGCUUAGAUUCUGGACAAGUAGUGGCUAUUAAGCAAUUGAAUCCAGAUGGGCUUCAAGGAAACCGAGAAUUCAUAGUAGAAGUUCUUAUGCUUAGCUUACUGCAUCACCCGAAUCUCGUUACAUUGAUUGGUUACUGUACUUCUGGUGAUCAGAGACUUCUUGUCUAUGAAUACAUGCCAAUGGGAAGCUUAGAAGAUCACCUUUUUGAUCUUGAGUCACAUCCAGAACCAUUAAGCUGGAAUACUCGAAUGAAAAUCGCGGUUGGUGCAGCUAGGGGAAUAGAGUAUCUUCACUGCACAGCUAACCCGCCAGUGAUAUACCGUGAUUUGAAGUCAGCUAACAUAUUGUUAGACAAAGAGUUCAAUCCAAAACUCUCGGAUUUUGGACUGGCGAAACUCGGUCCAGUAGGUGAUCGAACUCAUGUAUCAACCCGUGUCAUGGGAACUUACGGUUACUGUGCUCCCGAGUACGCCAUGAGCGGGAAGUUAACUGUUAAGUCGGAUAUCUACUGCUUCGGUGUAGUGUUGCUUGAGCUCAUUACUGGGAGGAAAGCUAUUGAUUUGAGUCAAAAGCAAGGGGAGCAGAAUCUUGUUACUUGGUCACGUCCAUACCUCAAGGAUCAGAAGAAGUUUGGACAUUUAGUGGAUCCGACUCUACGAGGAAAAUAUCCAAGACGGUGUUUAAACUAUGCCAUUGCGAUUAUCGCAAUGUGUCUGAACGAAGAAGCUCACUAUCGACCGUUUAUAGGUGACAUAGUUGUGGCACUUGAGUACUUAGCUGCACAGAGCCGAUCUCAUGAAGCUCGAAACGUCUCGUCCCCAUCACCUGAGGUUACAAGAACGCCGCGACGACGAGACUUGUAAAAACACACAAGAAAAGAGAGUCUUGAGCUUUCAAGAAAUUCAGUUUGGUGUUCUGUAAAAAUGGUUUUUUCCUCUUCUUCUCUGAGAAAACAUUUUAUAUGUUUGGUAAAUGAUUUGGUUUUACCGUUUUAGUUACUUCUAUAUACUUGUUUUUUUCCCUGUGAUGUAUAUGACAAUUAUGGAGACAAGUAAAAAUUGAAGGUUCUGAAAU